AAGAAUGGUGUCCCUGGUCGUAAGGUGCUCUACUUUGUUCGCAAUAACUGUUUAUAUUUCAGGAGGAGAAUCUUACGAUGCUUCGGUUGGGAAAUUAAAGAAACAAGAUAAUACACAACAUGACUUGUCCGUGUACUUCAGGCCAAUGUUGGGCAAACGGGCGAAAUACUUCGUUCCCCGACUGGGGAAACGAGAAGAAGAAGAUUCCCCUUAUUUACUUUUGGAUGCAGACAGAGGAUUGGUUGCAGGAGCAAAGCCGCAAGAAGCUGACGACUCAAGAGACAUCUCAGAGGUUCAGAACCCUCUCAUUUUCCGAUGGUACGACACUCAAGGGCGAAGGUCCUUCUUCACUCCUCGGCUUGGCAAGAGAACAGGCUUCUACACGCCUCGCUUAGGCAAGCGGCUUCAAGAGACGCAGUCAGCAAGUCCAUUCUCUCCUCGACUCGGGAAACGAGACUUUGAAGGCGAUUAUCCUUUGUUGUGGGAUUCGGAAGAUGCAAAAUUGUUUGCAGAUAGUCAGGAAUACGGCUUCCCAAGAGAGAGAAGAAGAGAAAAAGAAGACAAACCAUGGAAAGUGAUUGGAAUGUUCAACCCGAGGCUUGGAAGGUCUGUCCCAAGAGAAAUUUCUGAUUAUGACACUCAAAAUGAUUUGAAAAACAAUGUUUCUUAUGAUGGUGAUAUAGAUUAAAUG